AGUAACUCUUCAAUUCCAUCGGCUUUGCGCGGCUUUGCUCAACGGCUGCUAAACCGCCAGCAUCAGUUCAAAGAGUAAUUACAUCAUAGUAAUACCUGGACCACUGAUUUCAACGAAAAAUGAUUUCCAUCCGGACGCUAGUUUUCGCUUUAGGCGUCUUUAAUUUUGCCUCUGUUCUGGGGACAAAUGAAGAAGAACCUACUGAAUCCUUGAGAGACAAGAGAGGAAUUGCUUCCGGUUAUGGAGGGUCGUACGGAGGAUAUGGGGGUUACGGCGGUGCAUAUGGAUCGUACGGAGCCACAGCAGGUGCGGCCGCUGCGGCCGCUGCUGCAGCCGCCGCCGCAGCACAAGCAGCACAAGCCGCUCAAGCCGCACAAGCCGCUCAAGCCGCACAAGCAGUCGCUGCUGUCCAGCAGGCUCAAACAGCAGUCGCCGUUGCCCAACAGCAACAAGUGAUUUCUGCGGUUCAAGCCGCCCAGGUUGCCCAAGCGGCUUCGUUCUCUUCUUCCCAUUACGGAAGGUAUAACGGCGGGUCGACUUACUCUGGCGGAUAUCCUUCGUCGUCUUACGGUUACAAUUCGGGUUCCCAAUUGUACGCUUUGCAAAACAGUUUGGCUGCAACUCAACUGGCGGCCACUAAGGCCUUUUCGGCCGCUCAAGCCGCUCAAGCAGCCGCUACGGCCGGUGGUUACACCAGCGGUGGAAACCGAUAUCACGGAUAACUAGAAAGUUUAUAUAACAAUACGUAACAAUAGUUUCAUUCAAAUGUUUUCCCUUUAUUUAACCUUCCCGCAUAUAAAGGCAUGUCUACUUAAAAUUGACGAAAGUUCUUUGUAGCACAAUUCCCUGUUUUAUCCAUCAUAUUCGUGGCCUCAAAAUACAUUUUAGUUAUUAAUUAAA